UCAAAAGAAACCCCCUAGUGUGCGACCUCGACCGAAGAACAAACGCGUCAGAGAGGAAAACCCGCGCUCCACACAGCCUGGUGCUGGUAUAGAAAAGCGUACGGUUCGCAUUCGAUAAACGCUACAAAAGGAAUUCAUCUUCGCAUUCACCGAUUAGAGAAUUUUCUCCCAUCCGACAAUUUCCCUCGUACGCAAGAUCGGCCAUGGAUCAACAAAGCAAGCAGCCCGAAGGAAGCUGGCAUCAGCAGAACGGCGGGAAUUAUCCAGCAUUGCGUUCUCCCAAAGGACAGGAGUUCAAAUUUUCGGUGAACGCGAAGGAGUUCGUGCCGAAAAGCUCGUCGCAGUUGCAACAGAUGCCAAUCCAUCAACCUACGGCACAUUUCCAGCCACAAAUGGCUAUGUCCCAACCGUCGCAAAUCCACCAGCGCUUCGCAAACGCGCAAGGUGUCGUCGAACCGGGUGGCGGAGAUAGUGGCGGAGAAUACGACUACUCUUCGAUAGAUCAGCAUCACUAUGCCAACGGGACCGAUUCGGGCAAGGUGUCGGCCCUGCAGAACCGGCUAAGCAACAUGCAAAUCGGUGGCAGUGACGACGGUGGCCAUAACAAUGGCAAGGAUUUCAAGCAUCAUCAGCAUCAUCAGCAAUCGAUGCAGCAGCAUCACCACCAUCGUGGCCAGCAGCAGCACCAGGGGGGUCACCACGGAUACCAUCAUCACCAUCACCAUCAGCAACAGCAACACGUACCGUACUCCCAACAGGGCCAGUUUCAAUACAUGAUGGCCCCAUACGUUAUGAACAAAACGAAUCAACAUGAUCACCGGAAGUACAAUAACGGAGGGCAGCAACAGCAUCGCUCUUGGCAUCAGCACCAGCAGCAGCAACAUCAUCACCAUCAUCAUCAGCAGCAACAACACGGAUCCUAUCAUCACCAUUCGAUGGCGGGCGGUGCACACAGUAUGCCAUCGAUGUACGGAGGCAGUUCCGGUUCAAACGCUGCCGGCGGCAGGGGGUACAACGUCUACGACCAGGUUACAACGGAACCGAACGAAAACCAAACGUAUGCUCUCGAUUACCUGACCGAAGUAACCGCCGAACUAUUCGACAAUCCCGGCAUGUUUGAAGAUGAGCAGCAGAAGCUCUCGAAGCUGUUUGUAAACUAUAUCGAUGAUACGUUCGUGCUAUACUCGGCGAUUGAGAUGAUCUUCGAACAGUCGAUCAAGGAGUCGAAUUUUCGUUACAUGGGCGCCCGUCUGUUACAUCUGCUAGACGAUUUGAACAAGGAUCCCAUGUCUCCGAUGCGCCAGCUACUACAAAAUAAGAUUAUGUUGCAGGCUAAUGAGCUGCCUGAGUUCAUGAAGCAGGAACAAGUUAAGGUGCGCGGAGCAACACUCUUCCUUGCCGAGAUGUACAUGCAGCUGCAAAACCCGCAGCAAGUAGCGGAAAUUAACAUGGCGGACUUCAUUAUCAGAGCGAUCAAGCUGUUGCUGCAGAAGGAGGGCCCGGAAAAUGUUAAGUGUGUUUGCCUAUGCUUGAAGCUGUCCGGUUUCAAACUAGAGAUGGAGCAGGACUACCGCGAAAAUGUGAACUGCAUACUGCAGGAUUUGGAGCAGUUGGUGCUGAAGGAAGCCCUUCCAAAUGAUACCGUGAAGAUAAUCCAGUCGGUGCUCGAUCUGCGGGAAAAGUCGUGGGGUCGCAGCAGUGAGGAAAUUGCGUCCAUGGCCAGCAUCUCGCACGUUCCGUUGGGCCUCGAAAGCAACGAUAGUCCCGUGAUCUACGGUCCCGACGGAGAGGUGCUGACGGAAGAAGAAAGUUCAUUCGUGGAAAAUGGGCUCGCUGGCGAUAAACGGCAUACCGCCUACAAUGGCUACGAGGAUGAGGAUGAUGCUUAUGGGCUAAUCGAUCCAGAUGAAGAUCUGGAAGUGCAGUUGGCUUUCCGUGAUUUCCUGGAGAGCUCAAACCGACCGCAACAGCAACAUUAGUGUGGACAGUGGCAAAGAUCGGACUGCGGCUUUCGCAUUUCUGGACUCUUCAGCUUAUCUUCUGAGGCAACGUCUGGUAGUCCGUAGACAAGAUUCGUUUUUGACGAUCAUCUGUUGAUCGUAAUGUAACACGGAUCUUGCUUUGCGAUCCUAGGCAGCCCAUGUUGUUGAAGGGGUAAAUAAGCAUGGUACGGAAAAGCUAAACGAAAUGGCGAAGGUUCGGUAGCGAUCCCCAGGAAACCCAAUAUCCAACUACAACUCUACACUUAUACAUUCAAGUCGAUAGAAUAGAAUGAAAAAAAAGCUGACAAGCGAAAAAGAAAUCACACCACGUUAGCAAAACAAUGAAGUAUGGCAACAGAUAACUCCAGUGGGCGUUAGCAAUAGAGAAAAGUAGAAUUUAAAAAAAUACAGCAGGCAUGCAUGCGCGAUAAAUAGUUAAGAAAGAUCCCAGGUGCAAGUUGCGACUGCAAGUAAGCAUUUUAACAUGUCUAAAACAUUAUCAAGUAACACUUUUCCGUUUUAUGUCCCUGUGUUUAUGUAACCUUUACAGUUCAUUAGUUCUUUUUUGAAAAUUUUUUGAGUAGUGUACAGAUAAAUCCAUGCCACAUUUGAUAAAAACGGAGAGGCAAUCGAAGUAUGGAAACAUUGCAAGCACUCUCACAACAAUAAUAGUUUCCACCGGGUUGCUCGGCCUCUCGAAGGAACUCCCAUUUUGGAACUAGAAAAAAGUUCCGUGUUUUAACAUGAAAUAGCGAUGCGAAAGCUUUAAUGAUCGCAACGGAAGAGCAAUACAAAGGUGUGUGCGUGCGAGUGUAUGUGCGUGUAAAAUGAAAGGGCAAUUUUCUUUCCCUGGCGCAUUCGCUAGUGCCACUAGGAGUGAGCGUUUUCUGAAGCAGCAAUGCAUUCCAUGAUUUGCCUUCCCGACGCGCGUAUAGUAGCUUCAGGUCGUAUUCAGGAUAAAAACCUACAGGAAAGUUGGUUACUGCCACGAUAUAAAGUGUAAGCAGGAACAGCAAGCGAAACAUCUGCAAUUUAUAACGCUUCUGAUUUAUGUAUCCGUGAACAAGCCGUCAUCCCAAGAUCUCUCAUCUAAAAUCAGGCUCUCAAUCCUUCAUUUACUCCCUGAGCUGUCCUUGAAUAACCUUAGGAAGUAUAUAUAUUUUUUUAAUUUGUUGUUCGAUCUUCACUCAACACCACCUCAGCGACACGCACAUGCCCGUACAAUAUAUUAUACACCCACGGAAUAUUCAUUCUUUACGUUUUGUGCCCUUGUUUAAUGAAUUGCUUUUUUAGAUGCACAAAGUGUUCUCUGGAAUAAAAUGAAGGAAAAAAUAAAAUAAACGAA